AACAUGGAUAGUAAAAAAGUAUAGAAAAAUCGACUGAGGGAACUUGGUUAUGAUUAUAUUAACUGAAAAGGCGACGCCCGCGAUAGGGUCUUGGUAUAUUUUUACGGCUUUGCCCUAAGGUUAUCGUCGGGGUUUUCACCUGCCUAUAAAGUUAACAGGUAUAGCCCCUAAUGACCAAUGUGCCGGCGCUCUCCGCACUACUGUUAGGAGCUUUCCGCUACUAGCAGAUUUCUCUUUACGUGUCUGUGGCAUUUUAGUCUUGCUGAAAACAACACUUAUAUACUUAUACCUGUAGAAAUCAUUUGGAACUUUAUUUGACUCUCGGGAAUUGAAAUAUAAGAAUGCAUUAAAAAGGUGUUGAAUGGAUAAAAAAUUGAAUUUCUGGUUUAGAAUUUAGGCGGAACGAGGAACUUACCUAAAGCUUACAUAAUCAUCGGGAGUGACGCCAGACCUUUCUUAUCGAAGGUUUUAUCGGAGCUCUGAUCUUAGACAAGAACAACUUAUUUUCUAAAAAGUCAUCAACAAUUCCAAUUCAGUUCAAGUCAAUCACAAUAUGGUAAAACCAUUGUCUUUUAAGGGUGAUAAGAAGCCCAAGAAGAGAAAGAGAACCGAAGCGGAACCUCCAACAGAAACAUCAGGGCCUAGCGAUCUUACGGUCGCAACAACAGCAGAAGAUGCAGAGAACGAUGAUAGCUGGGUAUCGGCUGAAGCGAUCGGAGAUGUUCAAGGUCCAGUUAUGAUCGUACUCCCGACAGAACCCCCUACUUGUUUAGCUUGCGACGCCAAUGGUGAAGUAUUUACGGACCCUAUCGUGAAUAUUAUCGAUGCAAAUCCUACCAGUGCUGAACCACAUGAUGUACGUCAAGUCUGGGUUGCGAACAAGAUUUAUGGGACCGAGAAUUUCAGAUUCAAAGGUCGUUACGGAAAAUAUCUCAGUUGCGAUAAGUAUGGCAUCCUAAGCGCGACCUCCGAAGCUAUAUCUGCCCUCGAAACAUGGACCGUGAUCCCGACGCCCGAGGCUCCUGGCACAUUCCAAAUCCAGUCACAGCGAGAAACCUUCCUAACAGUCAAAGAACCUUCAAAGGCAAAUGGCGUACCCGAGGUUCGUGGUGAUGCUACAGAGCUCAACUUCGACACGACGUUAAGAAUUCGCAUGCAAGCACGCUUCAAACCUCGAAUCAAGGCGACUAAAGAAGAGAAGGCAAAGAGCAAAAUCAGUCGAAAGGAGCUCGAGGAAGCUGUCGGGAGGGAGCUUAACGACGAUGAAGUAAGAUCCCUCAAGAAGGCGAGAAGGGAGGGUGAUUAUUACGAGCAGCUGCUAGAUCUGAAGUCUAAGAAUAAGCACGACAAAUACGCUUGAAGUCGAUGGAUGAAGUAUCUCGAUUAUGCGUUGGGCCUCCAAGCUUUUAUAUAUCCAUCCUCGCCGGCGCUGAAAACCGUCUGCGCUUCAUCGUAGAAGCAGAAACUUCGGACAAUUUCG